UCAACAAGCGGCCGUGCUUCAUUCACCUUUUUGCAAAAAUAUAAAAUUAGGACUUUUUAAAUUGUUUUUGCAACUUUCUGAUGACUUUUAUUCCUAUAUAUUUCUAAAGUUAUUCUAGUGAGUGUCAACUAUAGUCUCACGUAUGGAAAUACUAGUAAUUUUGGCCGAUUUCAAGUGACAGAUGUUUCUUCGCUAAAACGCGCCAGUUUUUAAUCAAAUAAAGUGAAACUAUUUCUUAAAAAUGGAGGAUACCAGUGAAAAGCUCGUUGAUAUUCAAUCUACAACAGGAGAACCAGGGAGUAUACAAACAGUUUCCAACCCUAGUCCUGUGAAAGUUCAGGACACAUCGCAAAAUCUAUUCCCUGAGAGUCCAGUUUAUGAACCAGAAGAAGAACCUAAAGUUAUAGAACAAAAUAUUGAGGUCGAUAGUACUACAGCUGAAUCGAAAACAAAAGAUGACCAUCCAGUCAGUCACGUUAAAAGAAAGUUAUCUGAAGAAGCCCCUGACAACAGCGCAAAAAUUCAAAAGCUAGAUCUGGAAGAUGAGGAAAUAGCUGUCUCAACUCAGACCUUAGAUAACGAGGUAUCUGAGAUAACGAGUGUGGCGAAACGAAAACUAGAAGAUGAAAUACCGUCUACAUCUCGCGUUCGUACGCCCGGGCGCUCAAGUCCUAGAAAAGUUACUAAACGAAGCAACAGUGCUGAUAUUACUCCAAAAACACCAAAGACUAAAUCUCGAUCAGCUAGUGUUGAUUUAACUAAAAGUCGAAACACUCCGAGCGAAAUGAAACUAGAUUUUAAAAAAGCUAAGAUUAUAGAAGGUGAUGCUCAUGAAAUAAACUCUGACAGUUCAAGUCUAGAAUUUGUUAGAGAAAUUCAGCCAAAAGUUCCUGAUACCAUUGCGGAGGAGAAUGCUGAAAGUCUGAAUGAUUCACAGAACUUUCAACUAGUCCUAUCACCAUCUCCUGAAGAUAGCACUAGUGAAGAUAAAACGAAAGAAACUAACUAUAAUAGCGAGCCAAUAGAAAUUAAAGACGAAGAAGAAACACUCGCUGCUGAGAAAGUUCUUGAAACAAAAAGCGAUGGAUAUAACUACUCAGACCUGACUAAUUUCACCCAAUCCAUAUCGAAGGAUAAAACUACGGACCAAGAAAGUACGGAUAGUAUAUGCUCCGUCAGUCUAGAUAGUCCUGAACAUAUUCCGACUGUCGCAUCGAAAAUGAUCACAAAAUUGUCAAAUGGCAAUUCAUCAACGCCAACUGAAACAAACAAUGAUAAACACGGGUCUGAAGAAAAUACUCUCGAUAUGAUGAAGUUGAAUGGUAAUAAAGAAAAAAGAAUUAAAAAUGAAUCGUUUAGAGCAAGUAAUACGACGACACCUUCAACAAUAUCUCCUUUACAAAACGGACACUCUUUACCCAUAAAUACGCCUCAAAUACCAGUUUUUGAUGUUCACGUCAGCCACAAUGAAGACUGCGAAUUUUUAUCGCUUUAUGUAGUUCGAACUGAUAACGAUGUCGGGAUGGAUAUGUGUAAAGAAUACCAGAGGAUCUCGAAACGUUUUACUAUUGAUCCAUACUUAGGCGAUGUUUCCGUAAGCACUUCUCCCUCAAGCGUGACCAGUAUCGGAAUGGUUAACUUACAAAACAGAACGUCAUUUGCAUCAAAUAUUAGCACAGCGUCAUCAUCUAGCAACCGUACCAGUGACGGAGCAUUUGUAGUCCCACAACCUCCAAGGAAAUCUGUAUCCAAUCCUUCGACUACAGUCAAAGGCUACGACUCAUUAAUGAAAAAACUCCAAGAUAUAUUUUCACACAUUCGGGAUGCAUCAGUUUCUGAUAUUAACCGUUCCUUGAAUGAUGACAAAAUAUCAGUUGGUAUUCAGGCGACAUUGUCUGACACAGGCUUUAGCAAUGGUAACGCCAGUCCAGAAGAAGUCAACAAAUGUGACAAGACAACUCCAAAGAGUUCUCUCAAAAAGUCGAGGGUGAGAGGACGUCGACCAAUCGCUGGGAAAACUAAACGCGCUUUAUUACCAACACAGCACGAAGAGGCUGAAUACAUGCACGGUAUGAAUUCUCCGGAAAUGAUUCCUACUAACGGCGACAGUGGAAAAAUGUCUCCUGUAAAAUCUCCAAAGGAAGAAAAACCGCUGUCUGCUUUAGUCGGCACACCAAAAUCUGUUUCGAAAUUGAAACAAAAGCGACGGCCUACAUCUCCCAGACCGGCGACGCCAGUUGAAAAGGUAGUUGUGAAGCCGGAAUAUCCAGGCUUUGCACCAGAUACGGUCGUGCUAGCUAAAUGGGUGGACAAACGUUACUAUUCAGGGAAAGUCUUGGAAAUAACUGAAUUGAAUAAAUAUCUGAUAAAAUUCGAUGAUGGUCAAAGCAAAGUGCUUCUGGAUGAUUUUAUAAUUUUUGGAGAUAUGAAAAAGUUACCAUUACAAGGCCAGUCUGUUUACGCUAUGGUCGAUGAGGAACAAAACUAUGAGCCAGGUCUAGUUCUUGGAAUCGAAGAGAAUGAAAACGGCACUGUGACGUACCGUUGCACUACAGAUGGUGACACGAUAGUUCUGGUGACGGCGAGCGAGCUGUACCUGACGGAGGACCAGGCGCGCUCGCUGAAGGAGUCGUCGCGCUGCCGUUCGCCCGCCGCGCCCGCCACGCCGCGCCGCCGCCACCACCGCGAGCUCGACCUCGACAACAUCAUACAGGGUCCCCGAAGCGCCCGCAGUCGUGACAAGGGGAAUUCGAGUGCCAGGAAACGGGUAGCAUCACCAAAGAGUCCAAAAGCAUCUACCUCAGGUGUCAAAACUAAGAGCACCCCAGUCGGACGGAAGCGUCUGGCGAGUGAGAGCAGCGAGAUGAGUGAGAGCAGCAACUCUGCGCCGCCGGUGCGGCUGGAGGAGGUGGCCGGCGUGGAGCCCGAGGUGCAGCGCACUCCCAGGAAGAUCGACGGCGUUAAGGCUGGACCUCUACAACUAAAAGGAGCUGCAAAACAGAAUAUAGGAAAGAAAAACUCAAAGCUGACGAAAUUUGAAAACGACGAAGAUACAGUCUCUACAUUGGGACCAAUCCCUAGCGCUGAUAGCAAGAUAUUUGCGGGGCUUUGCUUCUUACUUACAUGUACUGAACCACCGCGACCGGCUCGAUCUGAAAAGUGUCAAGAAACUCGACACUACUCAUCUGAAGAAGAUGGUGAAACUACGUCGACUAUGGCUGGUACUGACACUGAAGACCUGGAGUUCACCGAUCGGCCCUUCAAUAAGGAACGUCUCAAGGAACAGCUGGAAGCUGGUGGUGGUACUGUAUAUAGUCAUUUCGACGAUGUCCCAAAGAACAAGUAUACUGUCUGCAAGCUGAUUGCACCACGUCCUUGCCUUACUGCCAAAUACAUCCAAUGCCUAGCAGCGGAUAUCCGGUCGGUUUCCCACGCGUGGGUCAUUAUGAGCUGCACCAACAACAGACUGGUCGAUGUUGACGCGUUCGUACUGCCGUCAGGCUGGUCAAUACUAAAGAAGUGCUUUAUUAACUGGAACCCAUCAUCAGGAAAACGCAACACCACAUUCUUCAAAGACAAAACUAUACUCUUAUGUGGUGAUCAAGACACAUUUGUCAAAUUCUGGGAACGAGUUUGCACUCUCGCCGGAGCAAACACGAGAGUCGUCAACGAAGAAGACCUGAAUAUGUCUGGAGCAAUAUGUCUAGUCACCGAAUGGGAUUGCCCGCAUGAAGUACAGAACAAAGCAAACCAAGACAACAUACCUCUAGUGUCAACAACCUGGGUCGUCCAGUGCCUGAUCGAAGCUAAAGUGAUCGCUCCCACCAGCCACGAUAAGUUUUCAUUUAUGUAUGCAGAGCCAGAAUGAUCCUGGGACUUUAGGAAAGUGCUCAUUAUACGUGAAUAUUGACACAUAGUGAGUGUGCGAUAAGACGCUGUGUAGUGUUAAGGAUUAUGACAAGUGACAGGUUGUUUCUCAUUGAAUUUUACCAACUGAUGUUUUUUUGUUUAUGCUGGAAGAAUCAUGUGAGGUUCGCAAAAUGAAGUUGCUAUAUAAUUAUAUUAGUAACAAUUUAUAGAUUGUUUGAAUCUAUACUAAAAAUUCAUAAUCUUUCCAAAAUUUUGUUAAUUAAAAUAAAAGGUUAUUUACCUACUUUUUUAAACUUGACUACUAGAAUAAGGUAUGCAUUAAAAGUAAUAGAGUUUAAUUAAGUGUGGACAAAUGAGAACUUAUCUGUCAUGCACACAUAUUUCCAUAGACUUUACAAGACUUUAACUUAUAUGGACUUAUUAAUAAAAAUAUUAGCCUUAGAAAAUGUUUUGUCCCCUUCACACAUUACUUACAUCAUGUAGGUAGAAAAAGACAAAAUACAAUGGUUGAGGCUGAAUUUUUAUUAAUUAAGUUAUUAGCAUUAAGAAACUUCAUAUCGUAGCCCUUCAGUGAAAACCAAAAAGAAAAGUCUUCAAAAAAAUGUAUACAGUGUUGAUUGUAUGCUACCUACGUUGACUUCUUAAAAUGAACUCCAACUGUGAGUAACAUUGAUGAUUCUCAAUACUCUCAUUGUCUAUUAUAUGCAAUUCAAAGCUGUUCUCAUCCCUUGUCACUAUUAAUUAAUAGAAUUUUAAUCCAACAGAUAUAAAACAAUGAAUUUGUACUUUACGAGGUUUACAUUGCAGGUUGACGAUAUGUGGAUAAUUUAAAAUGUUGUUAUGACAUAAAAGUUUUCUUGUAUCAAAGAAUUUAAUGUGUGUUCUAGGAAUUAAUGUAAGUCUAAUUGUAUCUGUGACAAAAUAAUCUGUAUCUAGGUGUUAUAUGAAUGGAAUCAGCUCAUUCCAUUUAGUAAAUCAAAAUUUAACUUAUCAUA